AUGACAACCAGGAUAGUUGCAGUGGCCACACUGGGUCUGCUCUGUCACGCUAAUGUGGCCAGCGCCCAGAGCAACUCUGGCGCCUGUGCCAAAGUUCUAGAACCGGCAAAUGGAAAGCCCGUUUUCGGAGGUGGAUGGGUCGGACAACUCGCCGCUAACAAUCUUACCUCUCCCCGCGGCAUCGUGCUGGACAACAACGGCAACCUCUUGGUUGUGGAAAGAAGGAGCGGCAUUCGGAGGAUAACCUGGAAAGAUGACGGCGGCGUUUGCGUCAAUGUGGACAAGUCCGAAUCCUUGGUGCAGAUGAGCGAGCUGAACCACGGCAUCGAGCUUUCCGAUGACGGAAAGACGCUGUAUGCUUCAACUGCCGAUGUCGUGUAUUCCUGGAAUUACGAUGCCGCCGCAGGAACCGUCAGUGACAGGAAGACGCUGGUUCAGAACAUGACCAACUCAGGCCACACAAGUCGCACCCUGAUGCUCUCGCGUAAACAAAAGGGUAUGCUUCUUGUUUCUCGCGGCUCGGCCGAGAAUAUGGACAUGAAGACUCGGAACGUAGCAUCGGGAAUAUCACAGAUCCGCGCAUUUGACCUCAACAACAUGCCUAACGGUCGACCUUUUAACCAUGCGUCCGAGGGCACGCUGAUCGGCUGGGGUUUGCGAAAUUCUGUGGGCAUUGCAGAGCACCCGGUUACCGGCGGCAUCUACAGUGUCGAGAAUUCGGCAGACGAUGUCGAGAGGAUGGGUCGAGACAUUCACCGCGACAACCCGGGAGAGGAAAUGAACUCACACGGUGCACUGAACGACAGCUCUUUGCACGGCCGCAAUUAUGGCUACCCCGAUUGCUUCGCUUUGUGGGACACCAACAUCCCUGACCGCGGCAAUAUGACAACCGGUAGCCAGUUCGCUCUCGGUAACAUCGACGGGGUCAACGAUGAGAAGUGCGCCAAGGAUUAUCAAGCACCCAGGCUAACCUUUGAGGCCCACACUGCGCCCCUUGACAUGAAGUUCUCAAAAGAUGGCAGCGAGGCCUAUGUUAGCUUUCAUGGAAGCUGGAAUCGUGAGGAUCCCAUCGGAUACCGCCUCUCGCGCAUUCAGUUCGAAAACGGCGAACCCAAGGAGCGCCCUGAUAGCCGUACUGCAACGUCAGACAUCAUGUCCAAUCCCGAUCUUUCCGCCUGUCCACGAGGCUGCUUUAGGCCCGUCGGACUGGCCGUCGAUUCUCAAGGUCGAAUCUUUAUGAGUUCAGACAGCAGUGGAGAAAUCUUUGUUUUGCGACAGGCCGAAAAGUCCACCGGCAGCACCGGAAACGGUGGAAACAGCGCUGGUGGUGGUACCGGCAGCGCCGCCCCCUAUCUUGGUAGCUCCAGUCUACUUGGAAGUCUCCUGCUUAUGCUGUUCUAUUGCUACAUCGGACUAGUACGCUAG